ACAGUUGUCACUUCCGUGAAUUAUUCGUUGAGGGUUUUUGAAUAUAAUAAAUGAGAAUUUCCAUUGAAAAUUAUUGAAAGGAUGGAUAACGACAAAGAUAAAUUUACUUUAGAGGAACAAUUUAUACUCAGGCUUCCUUUAGAGGAAGCAAGAUAUAUUCGUGAAAUCCUUCACUCCAAACCAGAAAAGCUGAAAAAGUUACUGCAGAUCACCUACAAUGUCGACGACAGCAGAAUUAUUCUGAAUAUCGGCAGAUCUAGAUUGUAUGGCACCAUGAAGAAGUUGCCAACGAUUGUCGAAUCGUACAAGACUAACGUCGGAGACAACAAAGCACUAUUAUUUAAGACUGCUGAUAUUUCUCAUAUAGCGGUGUGCGACUACGUAGAGAAACCGAAAGAUAAACUUGAAAUGAAUAGCGGCAUAUGUCCCCCUCUGAAAAACGUCAAGAAGAAACGGUUCAGGAAAACUAUGUGUAACAUGGAUUUAGCAAUUGAGGCCGAAAAGGUUUCCAAAGAGUUGCAUUACUUGCUGAGUACAGAUGCGCAAGCGGUAUCUUCUACAUAUGAAUUAUUAUAUGAAGGGCCUUUAUAUAAAAACCAAAAACAGUGCGAGAAGACCUUGUUUGGUCAACUUUCCAGUGACUUUUCAGAGGUUAAAAAAUUACUUGUUCUAUUUUAUAAACUGUUUCCUCAGACUAACUGGAUUUGUUUUAAUCUCAUUUUGAGUAAAGAACAAUGCAUUAAGUUUAAAAAUGAAAUGUUCAGUUCAAUGCUUUGAUAUGUAAAACAAGUCCUGUUCAUGGAGGAAAUAAUGAAAUCUUUUUUUUUUCUACAAAUUAACCAGAUUUAUUUUUUUUUUAGUCCAGCAGUGAUUCCAGUUAGGGAUUCCUUAGGUAUUUCACUUUUAAUUCAUCGAAGUUAAUUUAGAAAAUCAAUGUUUUUGUUUUUUAAAUGAUGGUUGUGAUUUGUUAAGUUUUAUUAAUUAAAGUUUUUAAUUUU